UAACCACGCCUAUAUUAAGAAGAAAUACCCGGUAGAUAAGAAAGGGCGCAUGGUUGACAAUGAGAGAGUUUCAUAAUAAAAGAAACUUUUUAGCCAACCUGAUAUUAUUUGUGUGUCUCUUCAGGACCUCGUCCUCUAUCUCUUUCCAUCUUGAGCCGGAUUCCAAGAAGUGUCUCCGGGACGAGGUACACAAGAACGUACUUGUGGUUGGGAACUAUGAAUUGGAGGAAGCAACCUCCGUUAAAACCAACAUAGAGGUGAUAGAUUCAAAAGGUCACACUUUGUUCCGUAAAGAGGAAAUCACAACGGGAAAGUUUGCCUUUACGACUGAAGAUUACGAAGUUUUUGAUGUCUGUUUUCACACCUCUGUAAUAGGUCAGGGAGGGCAUGAAGUAAGACGAGAGGCUAAAUUGGUACUGAAACACGGCGUGGAGGCUAAAAAUUACGAUGAUGUUGCGAAAGCUGAGAAACUGAAACCGAUGGAAAUGGAGUUGAGUCGGUUGGAAGAUCUUGCCGAAUCAAUCGUUAAUGACUUUGCUUACAUGAGAGCAAGAGAAGAAGAGAUGAGAGAUACCAACGAAUCUACCAACACUCGUGUUUUAUACUUUAGUGUCUUUUCAAUGAGCUGUCUUGUAGUCCUAGCCAUUUGGCAGAUCUUUUAUUUGAGACGUUUCUUCAAAGCUAAGAAACUCAUUGAAUGAGUUGAGAAAUUAAGGAGAAAGAGUCAGAGAGAGAGAAAUGAACGACACACUAUAGGCAUUAUUAAUUUGUUAUUAUUAUUAUUAUUAUUAUCACGCAGGCAUUCAGCGUUGUUUUAUAAUUUUUUUGCAGGUUUAACAUCAUGUUAUUAAUAAUGAUAAUUUAUUAAUAAGUAACAGCUCUCCAAAUUGAUA